AACUUAUCAAAGGUAAAGACCCCAACAAAGAAGACGAAAAGGUAGAAAGGAUAUGUCCAUUUACAGGUCAACCAAAAUGGUUUCUUUAUGAAAUCGUGUCAAACAAACGAAAUGGUAUCGACUGUGACAAGUUUGAUUAUUUUGCCCGUGACUGCGCUAAUGUUGGAGUGAAAUGUACUUUUGACCAUCGACGCUACUUUCAAAAUGUUCGCAUCAUGUCUAACCCUAAUAACCAACAACUUCAGAUCUGUGUACGCGACAAAGAGGUGUUUAACUUGUAUGAAUUAUUCCACACCCGUUGGUCCCUCCAUCACAGAGUUUACAAGCACAAAACUCAGGCACCAAUAGAAGACCUGCUAUAUAAGGCGUUCAAGAAAGUUGACAAAGUCAUGAAAAUUUCCGAAUCAGUGGAAAAAGCCAAAAAAGAAAAAAAUAUGAAGCAAUAUUCUGUUUUAACAGAUAGCAUUCUCUACGAUAUACUGCGAAACAGGGACCCUGAUUUCGCAGACGCAAAGAAGAAGAUAAGACGCAUACAAAAACGAAAGCUGUACAAAUUUUGCGGCCAAAGCUCUCUAAAAUCAAAUGACGACAAAAAAAGUAAACUACAAUCGAAGUUCGAAUCUCUCUGCGAAAUAAAAAUUGCCGAAGACUUGGUUAACUUAUCGGAAGGAGAGUUGAAAAGAGAAAAUAUAUUUGUUUCAAAAGUAACGAUCAAUUUUGGAAUGAAGGGUAAAAAUCCAGUUGAGGCUGUGAUGUUUUUCGAUAAAUCUCAACGCAAACCAUUUGAAAUAAAGAGAGAACAAGUAAGUGAAAUGUUGCCACGAAGUUUCCAGGACAGAUAUAUCAGAGUUUACGCAAAAGAAUCCGAAAGCGAAGAGGAAUCCGAAAGCGAAGAGGAAUCCGAAAGCGAAGAGGAAUACGAAAGCAAAGAGGAAUCCGAAAGAGAAGAGGAAUCCGAAGGAGAAGAGGAAUCCAAAAGCGCAGAAAAAAACCAAAACGCAGAACGAAUGGAAAAGCUGAUCGAACAUAUCAAAGAUUCCUUCGAGAAUUGGUGCCAAGAAAAUGGCUUUGAAAAACCUUUUGGAGGAUAAAGAAAGACAUUUUGAUGUCAUUAUCACAGAAUAAUGAUUGUCACAGAAUAAGGGUCACUCAGGUGUACAUAGCGCGUCCUCAUUUCGGCCAUUAUUCCAGCCAGAUGAUUAGGGUUUAUAACUUGUUUUCAACCAUCAUAAUUACAUUACUUCAUUAUUGAAUAAUGAAUUUGAGAUUAAGAAAAGACUUUCGGAUAAUUGCAAAGGUUGAGAGCGAGUAAAAAACCCUUAUCAACCGGCUGGACAAAAACAUCAAGGUUCCAACACGAGUGACCCUUCUGUAUAUUUCUAUUCUGUGUCGUUGUUAAGUAGCUCUGAUUUAAAAUUGUACUUAAUAUAAUUUUUCCAUAACUUAAUCACAAGAACGUAUCCAGAAUUCAAAACACCAAUCAUCAUGUAUUUAAUGCAAACAUUGCACUUAAAACAGUAAAAGUAUAAAAAAAUGUAAAAGAUCGAAGCACAAGUGAAACAUAGGGACGAACGACAUCUCAACGUUUGUCAUUUGUAGUUUAUGUUAAAUAAGCACAAAUCGUAUUAAAUUCAAUAAAAUGAUUCAACAAGUA